AUGUUUCUCCAAAUACUUUCAUAUAUCGGAGUUGUCAUUGGAUUUUUAUUCCUCGUGUUAUCGAUUGCUUCGGGACUUUACUACAUAUCCGAGCUAGUAGAGGAACACACUGAACCAACUAAACGAUUCCUUAAACGAGUCAUUUACACAAUAAUGGUUACCUUUGUUCUCCUAAUGCUAUUUGACAAGUUCCCAAUCAAACUUACUUUAUUUUCAGUGUUUAGUUACUUUGUCUAUUUGCAGAAUUUGGUAAAAUUCCCUUAUGUUGAGUUGACAAGUCCAAUUUUUCUUGCCAGCGUCGUGUUGGUUAUAGCCAACCAUUUCUUAUGGUUCAACCAUUUCCACAACCCCGAAAUUCCUUCAUUGGAGGUUAGAUUGAGACCCGAUUAUGUGCCGCCAUAUAUACCCAACUUUAUGGAGAUUUGUUCGUUUUUCGGAUUGUUAGUAUGGUUUGUUCCAUUUGCACUUUUUGUAAGUCUAAGUGCUCAUGACAAUUUGUUGCCUCACCAUAAUGUUGUAGACGCAAAUGGACCAGAACAAAAGAAGAAGAAGAACGGCUUGGCAAAAGUAGUGGUGGCUAAUUUGAGGGAGUAUGUUUAUGCAAUAAGCAGGAAAUUGGGCUACGAAUUGGAUCCACACCGUGGAUCCAUAGUUUACUAG